CUCUCUCUUUCUUUCUGUUUGUAUCCUCUUUCUCUCUCCCCUCUCUCUCCCUCUAUCUCUGCCCCCAGCUCUUGCUCUGCUCCAGUCCUCUCGCUGUGUGAGUGAUAAACGGUGUUAGGCUCUCUCUCGCGCUCUCUCUCCCUCUCUCUCUCUCUCUCUCUCGCCCUCUCUCUCUCUCUCACACACACACACACACACACACAGAGACCUUCGCGAUGGGAGAUAAAGGCACACGGGUGUUCAAGAAAGCAAGUCCCAAUGGCAAGCUCACAGUCUACCUCGGGAAGAGGGACUUUGUUGACCAUGUGGACCUUGUAGAGCCAGUCGAUGGUGUUGUUUUAAUCGACCCAGAGUAUUUGAAGGAGAGGAAAGUGUUUGUCACGCUGACGUGUGCCUUCCGCUACGGCCGCGAGGAUCUGGAUGUUCUGGGACUGACGUUCCGAAAGGACCUCUUUGUGGCCAACAUCCAGGCGUUCCCCCCAGUGCCAGGGGAGAAGAAAGGCCUCACCCGCCUACAGGAGCGCUUGAUUAAGAAGCUCGGGGAACAUGCUUAUCCUUUCACCUUCGAGAUUCCUCCCAACCUGCCCUGCUCAGUCACUCUGCAGCCAGGCCCUGAGGACACAGGAAAGGCCUGUGGGGUGGACUUUGAAGUCAAAGCCUUCUGCGGAGAGAACGUUGAGGAAAAAAUCCACAAAAGGAACUCUGUGCGCCUUGUUAUCAGGAAGGUGCAGUAUGCCCCGGAGAAGCCGGGUCCACAGCCCAUGGCAGAGACCACACGACAGUUCCUCAUGUCUGACAAGCCCCUUCACCUGGAGGCCUCCUUGGACAAGGAGAUUUAUUACCAUGGCGAGCCCAUAAGUGUCAAUGUUCACGUCACUAACAACACAAACAAGACAGUGAAGAAAAUGAAGAUUUCAGUGCGUCAGUAUGCAGACAUAUGCCUGUUCAACACUGCCCAGUACAAGUGCCCAGUAGCAACAGAAGAGUCAGAUGACAUAGUAGCUCCGAGUUCCACGUUCUGUAGGGUCUACACCCUCACGCCCUUCCUCGUCAACAACCGGGAGAAGAGGGGCCUGGCCCUGGAUGGCAAGCUGAAGCAUGAGGACACCAACCUAGCCUCUAGCACACUGUUGAGAGAAGGGGCCAACAAGGAGAUCCUGGGUAUUAUUGUCUCCUACAAAGUCAAAGUCAAGCUGGUGGUGUCUAGAGGCGGACUUCUGGGAGAUCUUGCCUCAAGUGAUGUUGCUGUGGAACUGCCUUUCACGUUAAUGCACCCCAAACCCAUUGAAGACUUAUACGGAGACGCUCCUGAGAGCGACGCGCCCAUCGACACCAACUUGAUAGAAUUCGACACAAAUGACGACGAUAUCAUCUUUGAGGACUUUGCACGGCAGCGGCUCAUCGGGGCGAAAGACGACGAUGAUGAGGAGGGCACAGACUCGCCCCGGCUGAACGACAGAUAAGUGGAGAGCGGCGCAGCGUGGUGUGACGGGGCUGACUGUUCUUCUGAGGCGGUGGUGUUGCUUUUUCCUGGGAUCUACCAAGAGCCUCUUCGGCUAUAAACCUGAAGCGAGGAGGCCCCCUUUACAAUGAAACACAGAAAGAGAGAGAGAGAGAGAGAGAGGGAGAGAGAGAGAGAGAGAAAGAGAGAGAGAGAAAACAAACACACACACUCAGUGGUGCCGUCGUCGUGUUUCUUGUUUACAUUUGUCUUUCCAUGCAGCCGGGACAAGUAUUAGAAAACAAAACCUCUACAUCUUAGGUACUUGUGUGACCUAGUCAUCAGUGUUGAUUGGCAAGAGUGAGGGAGAGAGAGAGGGCGAAAGAGAGAGAGAGAGAGGGGAGAGAGAUUUCUGUGCGUAGGCUACUUUAGGCCACCUUCUAGGUAUCUGGGAUUUCCUAUAAGGGUCACUCAAACGGAGGUCUUAGCAGUUAUCAUCAUGGCUGAAUCUAACUUGAGUGGAAGCAUGCCUUGAAAUAAACUUCACUUUGUAAUACAUGUUUUUUUAACGUUUUGUUAGGUUUGGUUUGGUUUGGUUUGGUUUUGUUGCGUUGCAUUUUGUAUCAAUAGGAAUGAGCAAAGACACAACUCUGUAAUGAUAAUAUAUUUAAUGUAUUGUAUCUGUACUUCUCUUUCCGUACAUAACUGGGAUUGUUAUAACCAUGACUACUGCCAAAUUCAGUACGAGCUGCCGAAUGCACCUUCCAUCAGGGAAAACUAUUAAGUGUACAAAUGUAGAGGGGUAAGGGGAGAAUUUGGAGAACUAUUUACAAGUAAACAUAUAUAUAUAUAUAUAAAUAUAUAUAAACAUAUAUAUUUCAUUUCGCCUUACAUUAGACAUGACAAGUUGAUAGUAGCUGUUUGAUAAUCCAGAGAGAGAUGUGAUUUGAGACUGUUGUAUUCCUUGCUUCGUGGAAACCCUUCCCAGUAGUAGCACUGAUAUGCACAUAUCACAUGGGUCCCCACUCCAUACACAUCCCAGCCACCUAAAGUACAAUCAGAAUGUCAUGCCUCCUUUCCCAAACUACCAUCCAGUGUCACUUUAUUUCAAAAGCAAAAAUGAGAGUAGAACAUAGUUUAAUAUACCAACACUAUCCGUUUUUGAGAGACAAAUGGCCAAACAUCAGGCAGAGUUCAUGUAGUUUUAUCUCCACAGCUUUUCUAAAUCAAGAGGAAACCUGUCUCCAGUGUGGUCGUUCAUUCCCCAUUCUCCGUGCUAACACUGCAUUGUAGAUAGAGGAGAGAGCCUUAGCAGACACAGAAAUGAAGCUAUAUUAUCUAUAAAGAAAGGAGUGGCCUUGAUUUCUUGCAUGACAUGUCAAUACUUUGUACGUUUUUGUGAAUGGGAUUCAUGCUUUUUCCAAAAUGCUUUUGAUUUCUUUUGUAAAGGUUUUACUACCACAGUACAGAAUGGUCUUAUUCUUUUCAUGAUUAAUAUUAUGACAUGUGUCACCAGGUUGUUUAGAUAUGCUGCUCUGGUCCGAAACUGUCCUGUUCCUUUUUCUUCACUGUGUUAAACAGUGUCAAAGUCAUAUUGACUGUGAACUAGUCAUUCCAACCAUUCAAAAUGAAUUUGAAUCAUAUCUUAGAUAAGUCAAAACUACGAGAGGGGCUAUCAAGUAUUUAUUGACAAAUGAAUAUUAUUGACCAUCACACUGACAUUAUUGUUAUUAUUAUUAUUAUUAUUAUAUCCAUACAAGUUUCAGGCGAGGGUGUAAAAGAUAUUAUGUUAAACUGUAUCUUUAUUAAUAAAAAUGUGUCUAUCCUGUA